AGCUUUUCUAAACAUUUCCUAAACGCUGUGACGGCUGCUGCUCAGCGGGGACACAGCUGAUCAGUCCAGAGUCUGGAAGAGCAGUUUCCUUCACAGACACAGAUCUGGGUGCUCUGGGAAAGGGGACUAUGCUGCAGGGGCCAUCCAUAGACAUAAGUGGCUCCAGGUUCACUCCUCUGGUGGUGCUGGAGCUGGCCUCAGACACCAAGGAGGAAGCCAUUGCAUGGCUACUGAGGAGGAUAAGAGACCAACAACAGAAUGGAGGUGCUGAGCUGCUGGUGGAGCAGCUGGCCCCUGGAGUGCAGGGUCAGGAGAAGGGUAACCUCAACAUGUUCCUGGUCGGGGCCACAUGGCAGAGGCUGCUCUCUGGUGCUGAGGAUGUAGGCCUCUUCAAGGAGUUCAAUGAUGGAUCCAUGAGAGGCUUUACCUGUGCUAACAAACACAACUUCAAAGACUUUAAAGGGGAUGGGGACUCCUUCCUCAGCAUGGCUGAGUGUCAGUACAUCAUUAAACAUGAGUUGGACACAUUACGCGCCAAAGAUGAGACUCAUGUACCAGGACACGCUGAGGCCAAGCUCUACCCUGGGAAAUCUAUCAUUCGCAGACUGCAGUCCAAGGGGAUCCUGAUCCAAGUGUUUCCUCUCCACGAAAAAGUAGAGCUGAAGAGGCUGUCCUUUUCUUGGUACAAAAAGGUGAAGUUGUCCUUUCAGCCUCUUGAUGACAUCAGACACUACUAUGGUGAGGGUCAGGCCCUCUACUUUGGCUUCCUGGAGUACUUUACCUUUGCCCUGCUUCCUAUGGCUCUCAUAGGAGUGCCAUACUACCUGUUUGACUGGGAGGAUUAUGAUAAAUAUGUCGUCUUUGCUGUGUUCAACCUGGUCUGGUGCACUGUUAUCCUAGAGUUAUGGAAGCGUUGCAGUGCCUCACUAGCCUAUCACUGGGGUACACUGAGCAGGAAGAAAGCCUUUGAAGAACCUCGGCCUGGUUUCCACGGUGUCCUUGGAUUCAACCCUGUGACGGGCCGUGAGGAGCCUCUCUUCCCCAACGCCAAGAGACAGCUGCGUGUCUACCUCGUGUCCCUGCCCUUUGUCCUGCUCUGCCUCUACCUGUCUCUCCUCGUAAUGAUGAUCUAUUUUCAAAUGGAGGGCUGGGCCCUGUCAGUCCAUGAUGAAGACCCCACUUUCUGGACAGGAAUACUGUUGUUCAUCCCCAGUAUUAUCUAUGCUGUGGUCAUAGAGAUUAUGAAUCUCAUCUACAGAUAUGCUGCUGAGUUCCUCACUGAGUGGGAAAAUCACAGGCUGGAGUCUUCCUAUCAGAAUCAUUUGGUCCUCAAAGUAUUAGUAUUCAACUUCUUCAACUGUUUCGCCUCGCUGUUUUACGUCGCCUUUGUCAUGCAAGACGUGGUGCUGCUCAGACAGAGUCUGGCCACCCUGUUGAUCACCAGUCAGAUCUUGAAUCAGUUUAUGGAGGCCUUCCUGCCCUACUGGCUCCAGAGGAGACGCAACAAGAAGAUGAUCCGCAAAGUCCAGAGGAGAAGAACCCUGGAGGGGAAGGAGCUUCCUCUAGCCGAGCAGGUCCGGCUAGAGGCUGACAUGAGCACGUACUUGGGUACCUUUGAUGACUACCUGGAGCUCUUCCUGCUUUUUGGUUAUGUCAGUCUGUUCUCCUGCGUCUACCCUCUGGCUGCUGUCCUGGUGGUGCUGAACAAUAUCACCGAGGUUUACUCUGAUGCCUUCAAGAUGUGCAGUGUGUUCAAACGACCCUUCUCUGACCCGGCAGCAAACAUAGGAGUCUGGCAGCUUGCCUUUGAGGCCAUGAGCGUGAUAGCUGUUGUGACCAACUGUGCACUAAUAGGCAUGUCUCCACAAGUCAAAGCUCAGUUCCCCGACUCAGAGACACAGCUCAUCCUGUGGACCGUGGCUAUUGAGCAUGGGCUUUUGGCCUUCAAGUUCAUCCUGACCUUCCUCAUCCCAGAUGUUCCCAAACACAUCCAGAUCAAUUUGGCCCGCCUGGAGUUUGAAUCACUGGAAGCCCUCAAGAAAAAGAAAAUGCUUGAAGCCUCGGAACUCAGUAAGACCAUCCAGUGAGGAGGAGAGGAGGACCUAUAGACAGUGACAGACCGCAGCAGCCACCUCACACUGUUGUUUACUCCAACAAAUUCACAUGUAUGUAUUAAGACCAAACUGCUUUGGAGAAUUUGUGGCUGAUCUUCACACAGGGCUGUGCUGCUUCCCUGCAAUAUCUUCUCAGAAUGGGCUGCAAACUGUGGGGCACUACUAGAGAUAUUACAUUGCUCUACACAGUACACUGUAAUAAUGGUGUUGAUGGUGGUGUACACAUGAGAUAAAUGGUGUGGUUAAAAUCACAAAAGAAUGCUGUAUUAUGACAUACUAUACUGUAGCAAGUAUUGAGUUUAUAUCCAUGAGAGUUGAUAAAAGUACAUUUUUUUCUGUUACAUACUGUAUUUGUUCUGUUCCUCAGUCACUGGGGGAAGUUUUGAUUGAUUUUAAUCAGUACUGUGGUUUGGGAGUGUUAAAAAUUAUGAUUAGUGAUGGUGUAUACAGAGUAAACCAAAGCCUUGAUGUAAGUACUGACUGUCCUUCACUAUGAAAGGUGCUUGUAUCAUUUUGAGUUCUGCACUCCAAGUAUGGAGCAAAUUAUGUCCAUAAAGAUUUCAAUUUUAAAAGCAACUGAACACCUGAAUUGUGAAAUGUGAAUUUGUAGGUAUGAAAUAUUUAACUUAAGAACUUGGAAAAACUAAAUUUAAAGAUUUUUUUUCAAGGGCUCACAAGUUCAUGGAGAAAAUUAAAUUUUGCAAUGGACAUUUCUUAAUCAAAAAAAUUCCAUUCCAAAUUGCUUAGACAGUUAUUGAAAUCAAAAUUCAAAAUUUAAACACCGGGUCUACCAAGAAAAAGCUAUCAAGCCUGACUGGAAAUGAUCAGAGCUGCGUCCUAUUGAGUAAUGGUUUGUCAAUCAUUUCAUUUCCAUCAUCUUUUUUGAAUUACAUAUUUACAGGAUUUUGACCAAGAAAAACCUGAAACUCCCAUCUGGGAAUUAAAACCACAAAAAUUAAAAAUUAAAAAAUUAAAUGUAGUGGUAUUUGAUUUCAAAAUUAAGUAAUAGGUAGUGAUAAUUUCACAAUCAGGUAUUCAGUUCCUUAUAAAAUUAAAGGAAAAAAAUGACUUUCUUCUUUGCUUCUUUGGACAAGAGUUGAUGACAAACGCUGGGCUUCAUUAUCUUAGCAUGUGAUGUGAACAGGGUAUUAUCAGCUAGAAAAAACAUCAGUCUUUUACUUUCAGUGUUCAGGAAUAUGACUUGAAGUUAAACACCCCUGGUGCCUUGAAUUGUAUUGCCUAUCUGAAUAUUUCUUUUCCUACGCUCUGCACACAGUCCUUUGCUAUUUACAUGACUUAAUGUGUUGAAACUGUUGUGGAGAAUAAAGUAGAUUGAAACCGUACAGCAGGGGUAUUCAGUUAAAAUUCAAAUGGGUCCAGUUGCUAAAAUUCCCUCCCAGCAAAGGUCCGAACCUCAUACCUAAAAUCAGAAUCACGAUUAAUUGAACAUUUUUACCUUGAUUACGAU